AUGGCACUCGCUCUUAGAAGAUUUGCAGCUUCAUUCGGCUACCCGCCACAUUUCCAAUGCGUUCGAGCCUUGUCUCCGUUGCGCUUUGCAAAUAGUUACAGUUGCUUAUUGUCGUGUGACUCGUCCGAGGACGGCGUUGGCGCUGAUCAUCCAGAAUUCCGAAAGUGGCAUAAUGGCGGUGGGUCGUUCCACAAGUCUGCCUGCAUUGACCCAACAGUUUUCAUUGAGUUUGGUGCUGUUGUUCAUUCAAAAUCCGUGGUGGGCGAGCACGCUCAUAUUGGUUCUGGGGCUGUCGUUGGACCUUGUGUUACUAUUGGGCAAUCAACAAAAAUAGGCUACAAUGUUGCACUCAGUAAUUGCAGUAUAGGAGAUUCGUGUGUAAUCCACAAUGGCGUAUGCAUCGGUCAAGAUGGAUUUGGAUUUACGGUGGAUGAGCAUGGGAAUAUGUUAAAGAAGCCUCAAAUGCUGAAUGCUAGGGUCGGGAACUAUGUGGAGAUUGGUGCAAAUACAUGCAUUGACAGGGGCAGUUGGAGAGAAACGGUUGUAGGGGAUCAUUCCAAGAUUGAUAAUUUAGUUCAGAUCGGUCAUAAUGUAGUUAUUGGGAAGAGUUGCAUGCUUUGUGGACAAGUUGGGAUUGCAGGCUCAGUGACGAUAGGAGACUAUGUAACUAUGGGGGGAAGGGUAGCAGUUCGUGACCAUGUCUCCAUUGUAUCAAAGGUACGACUUGCCGCUACUAGCUGUGUCACGAAAGAUAUUACAGAACCUGGAGAUUAUGGUGGCUUCCCAGCUGUUCCGGUCCAUGAGUGGCGAAGACAAGUUGCAAACUACUGUCGAACAUCAAAAAAGGUGAACCGUUAG